GUGGUGGACACGGAGUUCAGCGCCGACGCGGUGGAGUGGUGCCCGGUGGAGGGCUGGCACAGCAUCCUGGCCUGCGGCACCUACCACCUCCGCCCGCCCGCCGCGACCGACUCCCGAGGAAGCAAUGGGGCCUGUGACCGGACCGGCCGCCUCUACCUGUAUCACUACAACGAGGAGCAGCCUUACAUCCCACUGACCGAAAUCCAGAGGAUUGACACCGCUGCCAUCCUGGACAUCAAAUGGUGCCACAUUCCCGUUGCAGAACACCCCAUGGUUGGCAUCGCGAACUCGACGGGUGCCGUAGAGUUCUGCCACCUGACUGGGAGCGAGAAGAAGAGCUGCAGGUUGGAGCCGUGCUUCAGGGUCGAUCUCGGGGCGCAGCGUCUGGCCUUGUCUUUAGACUGGUCCACGGGACGCGAGCAAUGCGGAUGUCCUUUGAGAGUGAUCAGCAGUGAUUCAGAGGGGAAGCUCAAUCUCUUCUCCGUAGAUGAAUCCGCUCCUUCUGUGCAUGUCCUGAACCAGUGGGAAGCUCACAAAUUUGAGGCCUGGAUUGCUGCUUUUAAUUACUGGGACACUGAUGUUGUGUAUUCAGGGGGCGAUGACAGUUUGCUGAAGGGCUGGGACACCAGGUGCAGCCCAGAGACUCCAGUCUUCACCAGCAAGAGACACUCGAUGGGGGUGUGCAGCAUUCAGUGCAGUCCCCACCGGGAGAACCUUCUGGCUACCGGCAGCUACGACGAGCACGUGCUGUUGUGGGACACCAGGAACAUGAAGCAGCCGCUGGCGGACACCCACGUGGAAGGGGGAGUUUGGAGGCUGAAGUGGCACCCGAGCUGUGACUUUGUGCUGCUGGCAGCCUGCAUGCAGAGCGGCUUCAAAAUCCUGGACUGCCGCGGGAGCAUGGCGGAGAACAUGGAGGAAUGUAUCAUCCUGUCGUCCUAUGUCUUGCACAAUUCCUUGGCCUACGGGGCUGAUUGGUCGAGGCUGUGCCCCAGGGAUUCCCUGACGGCGACACAGGACUCUGCUUCUGCGGAGGAGCUGGAGGGAAGGUCAGAGGAAGGAGAUGAGAGACUGAAUUUGCAGGUCCAGAACCUGAAGAUCAUCUACGAGUCUCCUACAGCUACUUUUGAUGUGGUACUGGAUGAGGAGAGCGAAGGCCCCGCCUCGCCACCCAAAGCAGAGGGGGGUCCUAAGCAGUCUGGGGCUGCUGCCCUGGGUAGGGGCCCUGGGUUAAAAGGGAGUUUGGGUUUGUCGGGGGGCCCUGAGCGAGGGGGAGACCCCGAGUCACCCAGGGCUUCCCAGUUGGGCGCUCGGAGACCCAAUGGGGUGGGCCUGGAGAGCAGCGGUGACUCAGCCAGGUCUCUAGACAGCCCCAAAGAAACGAGCAUCGUAGCGACUUGUUCUUUCUAUGACAACAUCCUCCACGUCUGGAAGUGGGAGAUGAGCCUGGCGAGCCCCUCGGGGACGGCGGGUACCACCUCUCCCUCUGAGGGAGCAGCCCAGGGCGUGCACUGACCAGGCCUGGGGCAGGGGGGUGGGAAACUCCUGUGUGCGGAGAGCGACGGCGGAGCUUCUGCCCUCUCUGAUUUCUGCUGGGCUUUGCCAGUUUUCUCGCUGAGCUUGUGAGUCCUUUAAGGCUGAUACUGAUGGAAUUACCGGUGUUUUAUUUUCGGCACUUGAGGAAAGGCUUUGCUUUGAGGAGUGUGGUCGAGCACAGACGCGUUGAUUUAGUUUUCCCUUGAUGUGCUAGCUCCAAGCAGGAGAGCCUUCCUCGCAGCGGCCGCUUGUUUGGGCCCUGUAUUUGAAUCCCUUCAAGGCUGGUUUGCGUUUCCACCGUGGAUCUGUUAAGCCUGUUCUCUUCCCACCACAAACCAAACUUGGCUGCGCUGCUACGUGUAGACACGGGGUGUGAGCUGAGAUUUCCUGGGCAUCUCGGGAAAGCCCGUGUGUUGUGGCUCCACUGUGCAUGCAGAGGCUUUGCUGUGCCACCUGUCACCUAGUGUGUACCUUUAGAAGGUGCUUAGAUGGUCCAGAUACUGACAGUGUGACGUGCCCGUAGGGUUCGUUGGGGGAGAGAAGUCCUUUUUCAGAGGGAAAUCCAGUCUGAGUGACAGCAGCUCCGAGCAGGGCCUUUCCUGGGGGGGUUCUGGUCUGAUUUGCACAGUCUGAUUUUGACACGGGACUCCUCACCUGGCUGUGAUCUCGCUCCGUCGCUCUCCAAGCAGGGCACAGCCUGGUUUAGUGGAAACGGUGUCAUGAGCCCCGCUGUGUCCUAGUGCCACCAUCAACCCCUCCCGGCCUCUUGGUAGCAAACUCAUUGAGAUGUAGGUUUAGCUCCAAAGUCGAGAUCUUUCCGUUGCGUAAAGGUGAACAGCUUUAAGAUCAAAACCUCCAAAAAAGUCCAAGCAGUGUUUCCUGACAUUUUUCAAAGUUCAAAAUACUACGGAAUAGUACGGAAACCAAAAUCUUUCCAGCGUUGCCCUAACUACCUCCAGGAAUGGCUGCGGAAUCUCUCAUGGUUGCUCCAUUAGCUUUCUUUUUUCACUGUGAAGUAUCAGCAAAACCACUGUUUCUGGAACACUUCUGUUCUCUUCCUAGAAACAGAAAACAGCUUCAAGUAGGUAAGUAACGUCUCUAGCUAUCGUGGGUUCUCUUUGAGGGUCCUAAAGAAUUAGUCUCCUGGAGGAAAAGAAACACCAGCAACAAGGUCUGUCUGUACCAGCGCUGCCUCUGUGGCGAGGGGCAGCAGGAGAGGAUUUUACUGCUUCAAAACGCCUUUUUCAAGGGUGAAUGUGCAUUUUAGAAAACAUUCUUAAGCGCUGUUACCUGAAGAUUCGUAUUAGUAUUGUCAACAAGAGCUUUUGUUAAAAACAAACAAACAAACAAAACCACCCUAUUUUUGGAUGUUUCUAAAAUAAAAUCAAUAUAAGUGGUUUA